AUGGAAAACGACGCCGGGGAAUUAGUUGAUUUGUACAGGCCGCGUAAAUGCUCUGCUAGCAACAGAAUUAUUCACGCUAAAGAUCAUGCAUCGAUUCAACUACAAAUAGCUGAAGUCGAUCCACAAACUGGCAGAAUGACAGAUUCGACUAAAAUGUAUGCUAUUUGUGGAGCAAUCAGAAGAAUGGGAGAAUCUGAUGAUUGUAUUGCUAGGUUAGCUAAAAGAGAUGGAAUAUUGGCUAAAAAUUUUUAA